AGUGAGAUCAGGUGGGCCCAUUGUAGCCACUGAGAGGGUAGACAUGCGUGCGAACUGAGUCGUUUUUCUUAAAGUUUCCGAAAUGUCACGUGCACCCACUUAUAUCAGUAGAUUUGUAACAGACAUUACGAAAUGUAUAUUCGAUCAAAUAAGCCUCACGUAAUUCGACACUCUCGUAGGUUUUAGCUCACGGAAACAGAUUUUGGGCGGAGUAAAUCCUCUCGCUUCUCUUCCUCUCUGUUGGCGGCCAUAAUAAACCCCUGUACGUGAAAUCAGUGGAUGAGAGACGGUUGAGGAACACGGCCGUAACAAUCUAUUUUUCAGUAUCAAGACGCGUUUCUCAUACAUCUAUAUAUUUUUUCUCUCGAGAACUGACAUUAUUUACGUGGAUAUAAUAUUAUGGUGUGAAGAUGGCCUGACGGCCGGGGACGGAAUGUUAAUCUCACCAACGCUUCUCCAAUAUAGCCGCGUUGACCAGUAUCUCUACUCCUGGGACUUGAACAUGGAUAUCGCCGAUGGAGCGGAGGAUCUUUCCUUGGAGGAGAUUUUAUCGUUGUACAGCCAGCCGAUCAACGAAGAGCAGGCAUGGGCUGUUUGUUACCAAUGUUGCAGAACUUUGGCUCGGAAACACCGCAGGAGAAAUUCCCAGACUUCUGGCUCAUCUGUUGGGGAUUUGACGAGAAGGAUUGAAGGACCUGGCGAUGUACGGAUUCUGAGAGAUGGAACAGUUCAAUUGCACCACCAAGACAGCGAAGAUAAAUACAGACCUCCCAACACGUCCUUAGAGGUGAUUGAAUCUCUGGGAAUCAUGAUCUACAAGGCGUUGGACUACAGUCUGAAGGAGAGCGAGGAGAGAGAGCUCAGUCCGGCUCUGGAGCAACUCAUCGACAUGAUGACCAACAUGGCAGAGAAGGAGAGGGACAGUGACCCCUGCCCUGAUGAAGGUUACGAGGCCACCGAGGAGGAGGAAGACGAGGAAGACCCAAACACUCUCUGUAAUGUAAAAGGAUUCAGAGACAUCAUCAUGCUGUGUACGUCCCACCUGCCCAGCCCCUCUGAUGCCCCUAACCACUACCAGGCUGUGUGUCGGGCACUCUACGCCGAGACCAGAGAGCUACGCAGCUUCCUGGAGAAGAUCAGGAGUGCUAAAGAGAACCUGCGGCGGAUGGAGGGAGACACUCGAGAGGAACCAGUCAGAGAUCUCAACGAGCUACAGAACGCUGACUGGGCUAAGUUCUGGAUGCAGGUGAUGGGUGACCUGCGUAACGGGGUCAAACUGAAGAAGGUCCAGGAGAGACAGUACAGCCCUCUACCUGUAGAGUUCCAGCUCACACCUUAUGAGAUGCUGAUGGAUGACAUCCGCUUCAAACGAUACAAACUACGGAACGUCAUGCUGAAUGGAGACAUCCCUCCCAGGUUAAAGAAGAGCGCUCAUGAGGUCAUCCUGGACUUCAUCCGCUCCAGACCACCUCUCAACCCUGUUGCUGCCAGGAAGCUGAAGCCCCACCCUGCGCGGCCGCGAAGUCUCCAUGAGCGCCUUCUCGAGGGCAUCAAACAGGAGAGGAAGCUACGGCCUGUAUCACCUGACAUGACCCGGCGCAAUCACCUGGGAGCAGUCAAAAGCAUCAGCACCCCUCAAGAUCUGAACCGCAGCUCAGACCUGUCCACUCCGGAUGCCCUCAGAAAGCACGCCAGCAGCACCCUGGCCCUUUCCUGUCCACCAGCUCACGGGGUGGGAGGGGCUCUUGGUCAGAGGAAGAGGCUCUUGAAGGCACCCACGCUGGCUGAACUCUACAGCUCCGAGUCUGACGAUGAGCCCAGUCACAGCUCCUCCAGUUUGUCAGCAUCCAUGUUGGACGCCUCGUCUCCGGGAUCUGUCCUGGGGAAGAACACACCCCCUAGGUUCCUGCCCAUCACCAUGACUCCCCAGCCUGACAGUCGCCCCUCCCCUCAGAGGAGACACUCCAUUGAGAAGGAGCCCCCCACCAGCGUACGACCCUUCACAGCCCCCACCAGACAGAGCUCCAAGUCUCUGGUGGAAAUCCCCGCCCCCAGCAGUGGUGCUAAGGUGGAGGACUUCUGCUACCCUGUAGAGUGUCUGGCUCUAACAGUAGAAGAGGUGAUGCACAUCAGACAGGUUCUGGUCAAAGCUGAGCUGGAGAAGUUCCAACAGUACAAAGACGUUUACAACGAACUGAGGAAAGGAAAGCUGUGUUUCUCCUGUCAGACUAAAAGGUUCUCAUUUUUCACCUGGUCCUACACCUGCCAGUUCUGCAAAAGGCCUGUGUGCUCGCAGUGCUGUAAAAAGAUGAGACUUCCCUCUAAGCCGUAUGCCAACCUGCCCGUCUCCUCUCUGGGUCCUACUGCCACUCUACCCAGGGAGGAGGCUGGAGGGACAUCAGCCUUGGGCACCCCAGAGAAGCCCUCGUCCAGCCACAGUCUGCGCCGGACAGUCUCCAGGUUAUCUGAAUACAACAGCAGUGAGGGGUCUCGUGACGAGCCGGAGCUGGAUCUUCCCAAAGAGCUGACCGACGACUGGUGUACCAUGGAGGUCUGCAUCAACUGUAAGAAGUUCAUCUCUGAGAUAAUCUCCAGCAGCAAGCGCUCUCUAACCCUGGCCACCAAGCGAGCCUGUCUGAAGAGGAAGACCCAGUCCUUCUACUUGUCUUCACCUAACACAGACGAUUACAGACCCUCUGAGAGGACCAUCAACCAGGUUUAGACUACAGAUGCUCUGAGAGGACCAUCAACCAGAUUUAGUUUUAGGGUUAGACCUCUCGCUCUCUCGUCCGCUCCUUGGGGGACCCUGUUCCCUAGAUAGUGCACUACAUUUGACCAUGGACCCUGGUAGUGCACUACAUCAGAGUUCAUGUCACUGUGUGGGGUAUUUAGCAUGACUCACAGUACUCUGGACCCUGGUUGUCACAGUACUCUGGACCCUGGUUGUCACAGUACUCUGUGGACCCUGGCUGUCACAGUACUCUGGACCCUGGCUGUCACAGUACUCUGGACCCUGGCUGUCACAGUACUCUGGACCCUGGCUGUCACAGUACUCUGGAACCUGGCUGUCACAGUACUCUGGAACCUGGCUGUCACAGUACUCUGGACCCUGGCUGUCACAGUACUCUGGACCUUGGCUGUCACAGUACUCUGGACCUGGCUGUCACACUACUCUGUGGAUCCUGGCUGUCACAUUACUCUGUGGACCCUGGUCUAAAGUAGAAUAGGGAAUAGGGUGCCCCUUGACCCGCUAUCAUAAUGUCUCAGCUCUGUGCUGCUCAUCACUGUGUAAUAAUGAUAGAGAUGGCCAUUGUAGAAGACGUGUUAGUAUAUACUACCUACCUGUAAUGGUUCUAGACAGAUGGUCAGUGUGUUAGUAUAUACUACCUACCUGUAAUGGUUCUAGACAGAUGGUCAGUCCAUGAGUUGUGGAAUAGACCGUUUGGAUUUGUUGUUCUACUGAUUACACACUGUCUCCAGAUUGACAACAGAACUAAACAAGGUUGUAUUCAUUCCACCUGCUUGUUUAACGAUCUGAAUUCCUCUCUCUCUUUACUACCCUGUAAUGUUAUGUAGGUCCCUUUCAAGAAGUGGUGAAAAGAGGCACCCUAAAUGGUGUAACCCCUAACUCGGCAUGGGUUCUCGUCCCCUAACCCCUAGUCUCAGGAACCAUUGGGUUAGUGUAUUGAUACAGCUGUGGAUGGACGACUAGCUAGCCACUGACAGGACAACUGCCUCACAGUAUAAUAGUACAUCACUGAACUGUCUACCACAGUAUAGAUGAGCAACUAGAGUACUGAACCAUUACUUAUUCUCAUGUUAUGUGAAUAAUAUUUAGAGGCGUUGAAGGAACAAUCAGGCAGAUGCUGAGAUCACCGAGGUAGAGCCAAGAUGAUAUAUAUUUAACAGUAGUGUGGUCGGUCGGUGAGACCUCUAGUCCCCGUCCAGAGAUAAGAUGUUAAUUAACAAACGACUAGUUUCUGUUACUCUCAGGAAGAACAGGCCCUUCGGCUGUGCCCCAGGCACCCUAUUCCCUACAUAGUGCACUACCAUUUGGGACAAAGCCAUUGUCUAACAGGCAAUAGAGCCAUCAGUCAGGUCUUAACAAGCUAAUUUCCAGUUUCCAUAGAAAUAAAAUGCCUACCACUACCCAGCCCCAGCCAAUAAAAUUAAACCAAAUGACAUGCCUAAGGUAGUGUCUGCCCCUCCCCAGCCCCAGCCAAUAAAAUUAAACCAAAUGACAUGCCUAAGGUAGUCUCUGCCACUCCCCAGCCAAUAAAAUGAAACCAAAUGACAUGCCUAAGGUAGUCUCUGCCACUCCCCAGCCAAUAAAAUGAAACCAAAUGACAUGCCUAUGGUAGUCUCUGUCACUCCCCAGCCAAUAAAAUUAAACCAAAUGACAUGCCUAAGGUAGUGUCUGCCCCUCCCCAGCCCCAGCCAAUAAAAUUAAACCAAAUGACAUGCCUAAGGUAGUCUCUGUCACUCCCCAGCCAAUAAAAUGAAACCAAAUGACAUGCCUAAGGUAGUCUCUGGCACUCCCCAGCCAAUAAAAUGAAACCAAAUGACAUGCCUAUGGUAGUGUCUGCCCCUCCCCAGCCCCAGCCAAUAAAAUGAAACCAAAUGACAUGCCUAAGGUAGUCUCUGCCACUCCCCAGCCAAUAAAAUUAAACCAAAUGACAUGCCUAAGGUAGUCUCUGCCACUCCCCAGCCAAUAAAAUGAAACCAAAUGACAUGCCUAAGGUAGUCUCUGCCACUCCCCAGCCAAUAAAAUUAAACCAAAUGACAUGCCUAAGGUAGUCUCUGUCACUCCCCAGCCAAUAAAAUGAAACCAAAUGACAUGCCUAAGGUAGUCUCUGCCACUCCCCAGCCAAUAAAAUGAAACCAAAUGACAUGCCUAUGGUAGUCUCUGCCACUCCCCAGCCAAUAAAAUGAAACCAAAUGACAUGCCUAAGGUAGUCUCUGCCACUCCCCAGUCAAUAAAAUGAAACCAAAUGACAUGCUUAUGGUAGUCUCUGCCACUCCCCAGCCCCAGCCAAUAAAAUUAAACCAAAUGACAUGCCUAAGGUAGUGUCUGCCACUCCCCAGCCCCAGCCAAUAAAAUUAAACCAAAUGACAUGCCUAAGGUAGACUCUGCCACUCCCCAGCCAAUAAAAUGAAACCAAAUGACAUGCCUAAGGUAGUCUCUGCCACUCCCCAGCCAAUAAAAUGAAACCAAAUGACAUGCCUAAGGUAGUCUCUGCCACUCCCCAGCCCCAGCCAAUAAAAUUAAACCAAAUGACAUGCUUAUGGUAAACUCUGCCACUCCCCAGCCCUAGCCAAUAAUUUUUUUUCUUUUCCCAAUAAAUUUGCCCCAGCUGCAGAUCUAAUUGGCCGGGAAACAGGAAGUGUUCAGAGGUUAAAUGAUUGGGUGGGUUUACUAUGAUGUAUUUUUUUUUCUGAGCCUGGUGCCAAACUAAAUUCCCCUCCUGUCUGAAUGCCAGGUCAUUCUAUGGACCUGUAGUACUUGGUGAGGAAGGUGAUACGGGAGAUUCUAGAAACAGAAUCUGUUGUUUUUACAAGUUUUAGCUGACCAAUAGGAUCUCAGAAUGGUGGGAUAUGAUUGUGUACAUCAGUGGAGUCUACUGAGGGGAGGACGGCUCAUAAUAAUGGAUGGAACGGAGCCAACCACAUGGAAACAAGCCAUUACCACGAGCCCGUCCUCCAGUGGUCUACAUGCUGUAUCCAAAAUGUAUUAUACCUGAUGUGUUUCCAUUAAUAUUAUCUUAAAGAUGUAUUUUUAUUUUAUUUGUAAUAUUGGAUUGUCAUCUCCUGUUGGGAUCAGACCAGAUCAGAUAGAUGGGCCUCCGAGGCCAGAUCAGAUAGAUGGGCCUCCGAGGCCAGAUCAGAUAGAUGGGCCUCCGAGGCCAGAUCAGAUAGAUGGGCCUCCGAGGCCAGAUCAGAUAGAUGGGCCUCCGAGGCCAGAUCAGAUAGAUGGGCCUCCUAGACCAGAUCAGAUAGAUGGGCCUCCGAGACCAGUCAGGUCUGGAUCAGACCAGAUAGAUGGACCUCCAGAUCAGAUAGAUGGGCCUCCUAGACCAGAUCAGAUAGAUGGGCCUCCUAGACCAGAUCAAAUAGAUGGGCCUCCUAGACCAGAUCAAAUAGAUGGGCCUCCUAGAGCAGAUCAGAUAGAUGGGCCUCCUAGAGCAGAUCAGAUAGAUGGGCCUCCUGGAGCAGAUCAAAUAGAUGGGCCUCCUAGACCAGAUCAGAUAGAUGGGCCUCCUAGAGCAGAUCAGAUAGAUGGGCCUCCUAGACCAGAUCAAAUAGAUGGGCCUCCUAGACCAGAUCAGAUAGAUGGGCAUCCGAGACCAGAUCAGAUAGAUGGGCCUCUGAGACCAGUCAGGUCUGGAUCAGACCAGGUAGAUGGACCUCCGAGAUCAGACCAGAUAGAUGGACCUCCGAGAUCAGACCAGAUAGAUCAGACCAGUUAGAUGGACCUCUGAGAUCAGACCAGAUAGAUGGACCUCUGAGAUCAGACCAGAUAGUCCUUCUAGACCAAACAGGUCUGAAUAGCACUUUUACUGGACCAAUGUAUUGUUGUUUUGAAGUUCAUUCUCUUUAUUAAUUUAAUUUCUUAAUCUUUUGUUUGUUUCAUCUUUUGAAGUCAGUGUGGUGAGAUGGUAUCCUAGGGUUAAUGGUGAUGGUAUCCUAGGGUUAAUGGUAUCCUAGGGUUAAUGUGAUGGUAUCCUAGUGUUAAUGGUAUCCUAGGGUUAAUGGUAUCCUAUGGUUAAUGGUAUCCUAAGGUUAAUGGUAUCCUGGGGUUAAUGGUGACUGUAUCCUAGGGUUAAUGGUGAUCGUAUCCUAGGGUUAAUGGUAUCCUAGGGUCAAUGGUAUACUGGGGUUAAUGGUGAAUGUAUCCUAGGGUUAAUGGUGAUGGUAUCCUAGGGUUAAUGGUGAUGGUAUCCUGGGUUUAAUGGUGAUGGUAUCCUAGGGUUAAUGGUAUCCUAGGGUUAAUGUGAGGGUAUCCUAGGGUUAAUGGUAUCCUAGGGUUAAUGGUAUCCUAGGGUUAAUGGUAUCCUAGGGUUAAUGUGAUGGUAUCCAAGGGUUAAUGGUGAAGGCAUCCUAGGGUUAAUGUGAAGGCAUCCUAGGGUUAAUGUGAAGGCAUCCUAGGGUUAAUGUGAAGGCAUCCUAGGGUUAAUGUGAGGGUAUCCUAGGGUUAAUGGUAUCCUAGGGUUAAUGUGAGGGUAUCCUAGGUAUCCUGGGGUUAAUGGUGAUGGUAUCCUAGGGUUAAUGGUGAUGGUAUCCUAGGGUUAAUGGUGAUGGUAUCCUAGGGUUAAUGGUAUCCUAGGGUUAAUGGUGAUGGUAUCCUGGGGUUAAUGGUGAUGGUAUCCUAGGGUUAAUGGUGAUGGUAUCCUAGGGUUAAUGGUAUCCUAGGGUUAAUGGUGAUGGUAUCCUAGGGUUAAUUGAGUAUGCUAGAUCUUGGGGUUUGGUAGCAGGUGUCAUUAAAACACAGCUUUCUGAAUGUACAGGGUAUAAUGUCUUUUAACUCUUAUUUCACAUGCAAUCUAAAUCUACGUAUACGGAAUUUUAAUGCUCCCUGUAAAUUAUUUUGUCACUCUUACUAUCCAUGUCACGCGCACCAUCCACCUUCAUACAAUACAUGGACACAUUGUUAUUCAUACAUUUAUUACACACUCUCCCUAUUCAUCAUUUAUUUAUUUUCUGACCUCUUAAACUAACUGCGGUAGAAAGAUCAGAAUUAUAACACAUAACCGACAUUACUAACGUCAAUAUCAACCUCCCAUAAAAUAUUCCAUUGGACCAUAUGGAUUCCAGUGAGGAAGCAAUGGUGUGCAUGCUAUAAUUAUUUUUUUUUAUGCCAAUAAAAUGAUCUCUGUUUGAAUUCUGUGUUGUAGUAUUCAUGCUCUGCAGGGUUGAACCAAAAUCUUUCCUGUUUUAAUAAAUUACAGUAUUGUAUCAUGUGUCAGCUCAACAGUAAAAUAAAAAUGUAAUCACUA